AUUUUCAAUUACAAAUCAAAAUACCUCUAACUGCUUUUUGUAAAACACAUCUGAUAUUCUUGGACUCUAGACUGCUUAAAUAACUACAAAAAUGGGGAUUAUAUUAAGUGUUCUCUCGAAUAUAAUGUAUCUCUCCGAAAAGUUCACAAUGUGUCUGGCAGCAGUCACAGUUGUGUCUUGUCUGGUGGUCACUUUGGUUAUGAUGCUGGGCUUGGGCGUUGGCCUUGGAUACAACUACUGCUUUGUUGAAAUCAAGACAAAACACAGAUACAUUCCCGGCUACUACCGUUACAAAGUGAAGGAGGCAACGACGAUGCGCCGCACUCCGCCUUGGAGACGGCUCACCACUCGCCGCUACGCGUUGCGUGAUCCUGACACCAGCGAACAACUGAUUGACUACAAACCACCUGAAUUUGACCACAUAGCCAAUGAAACGUCUAAAGAAACACAAACAGAAACUAAUUCAACUGCCGAAAUCAAUACUGAGACAACAAACGAAAUGGCGGUUGAUGUUACAGAAACUGCUACUUAUGAAUCUGAGAAUACAAAUAAAAUGCCUUCAACUACAACUAAAACAGUAAUUCAAAUACAAGGGUUAGACCUGAUCGCUCUGCUGUCUAAACUCAAAUCAGAAAACAGAAAUUACAGCUUACAAAUUGUGACAACUUAAUCAAUUUAACAAUUUUAGCAAUGUAGCAGUUUAGAAUAUUUUUAUCGUUUAUUUAGUUUUGUAUAAUUUUAUUUUGGU